UUCUGCUGCUGUUGUCACCACUCGUCACCAGCAUGCGCCUGUCGCCCCGUUAAUAAGCACCGCUCACUCAGCAUGGCCGCUCUCAGCAUUGGCAUCUUCACCAUCGAAUUCCCCGAUCCCACCGCCAGCAACUACAACGACGAUGACGAGUUCACCACUCUUCCGGCCAACAACUCGUUCCGAUUCCCCAUAACCAACAACAUCCAGACCCUCUCCCCCAAAGAUGUCGAGCGAGGCAACGAUCCCUUCGGCCUUCUCUACGUCCCCAAUCUCACCAGCGACGACUGCAAACAGGCCGAGCAGCCGUACGUGCCUACCAAUGUCACCCGCGAAGCGAACCUCCCCUCCAAUGCCAACUACGCCUUGAUCGCUGUGGCCCCAUGGUUCAGUAAACCAUGCAUCAAGGAAUACUUCGAAGCCGCCCGCCAGGCUGCCGACCGCAAGUUUGCAGUCAAAGCCUUCUUUGUAUACCUGCCCGACAGAGGCAAUGCCAUGCCCCCAAUCAUGAACGAUCCGGCCUGGCUGCUCGACGACGGUGGGAGUUGGAAGAGCCUCAACAGUUUCCCCACGUACGCGCUAUCUUCAACAUCUGGAAACACCAUCGUGCAGGAACUAGGCCUAUACUCGGGCAAUAUAACCAAGGCGCCAUACGGAGAUGAUGUCCUUUCCAUGAAUCCCGACUUCCGUGUUACCGAUUAUUUGAGACUGUGGAGCACUGUUAAUACUGAUCCCGGAAACCAGCUUCCUAGCCUGUGGGUGUUUUUGGUGAUUGUCUUGGGUCUCUUGAUCACCGUGGUCGGUGGCACCUCUGUGGCCAUGCACCUUAUGCAACGGAGAAGACGGAACAACUUGCGGCAGCGCAUCAUCAACGGCGAGGUGGACUUGGAAGCUCUUGGUGUGAAACGGCUGACUGUCCCACAAAAAUUUCUGGAAAAGCUGCCGCUGUAUGCAUACUCUGGUCCGUCGGACUCGGAAGACGCGGAGAAGAACUUGGCCCAACCUCAGUCCAGUCACCCAACCAUCAGCGCGCCUUCGGAUCUCUCUUUUGCACAGUCGUCGUGCUCUAUCUGCUUGGAUGAUUUUGAGCCUCAAGAAUCACAGGUCCGCGAGUUGCCUUGUCACCAUAUAUAUCAUGCAGAGUGUAUAGAUCCAUUUCUCCUCAACAACAGCUCGCUUUGCCCCCUAUGCAAGCAAAGCGUUUUACCGGCUGGUUACUGCCCUACUCGCAUCACUAACAUCAUGGUCCGCCGGGAACGCAUUCUCAGUCGGAGGCGCCGCAGCCCUGCUAAUCCGACUGCAACCACGGGUGCCCAACCCGCACCUCCAAGCACUCCUCCACGCGCACAAGGAACCUUUGCAUCGAUGGGUAGCCGUAUAGGAGGUGCAGUGGGUGGCGCAUUUGGGGGUCGGCGCGUGUUCAGCGCACCUGGAAGAGCACAGCAGACGCCAGACAUUGAAAUGGCAGCAAGCCCAUCGCCCGUGUCAGGUCCUGCACCGACAGGAGCGCCUACAGAGAAUGCCAGCCAUCCUGUACCGCAGCCAGCGACGCAGAAUCGGAGUGAGUGGCUGAGACAGCGAGCCAUGGCACUCAUGGGCGAUCGAGUGAUACCCGAGGAAGAAGACGAAGAGCAAAACGCACCACGCUGGAAACGUGGGCUGAGAAAGGUGUUCCCUGGAUUCCGAUGA